AAAAGACUUUCAAACGAUCGAAAUCAUUUACAAGAUCAGUCUUAAUCAUGAUUUCUUUGUAUCUGAGUGACAAUGUUACCGCGAGUUGUGCUUUUAAUUUCAAUUAUUUUACUUGUAAAUAUUUCCGAAAAGUCGAAUGUGAACGGAAAUGCUGUCGCCAACAGUGAAGCAAAGAGUUUAUCGGAUGUAAAUGGGCCAAAUCCAGAACCUGAAGCUCUUGCCAUCCCCAAUGCAUUAGCAUUUUUUAAAAAACGACGACAACGUCAAAGAGGCAGAAUUGUUGUGUAUAAAUCAAGAAAACGAAGAUGUAAAAAUUGUCAACGAAAAAGAAAAUGUAGACGGUGUCGUCGUCGAAAGCGUUGCUAUCGUUGCCGGAGAAGAAGAACAACUGCAUCGACUGCAUCUACUGCUUCGACAGAAUCUACUGCUUCAACAGCAUCUACUGCUUCGACAGCAUCAACAGCUUCUACAGCAUCCACAGCAUCUACAGCAAGAACUUCCUCCACUGCAAAUAAUUAAAUGCAAUUAAAUUUUUCAUGAAGAUGUAUAUUUGAAAUUAGAAUAAAAACUACUUCUCGAAAAAUGUUUAAACACGAAACCAAAAAA